UCCUCUCUUCAGUCACUGCUGCAGCGGGACUGGGUCGCUUGUUUCCAUUCUUGCUGUCGCGUGUCAGCACCUGUUUGACUUUGGUCGAGGACGGUGAGACGUCCAGCUUUGCCUGUGGAAGAAAAAGCUUCCGCCUGAGAGCCUGACGUCAUUUCAAUGGCGACCUCAGGCCCCACCUCUCCUGCCUCCAUCACUAAUGCUGUGCCUGAGGGGUUCCAUUAUGAAACCAAGUACAUUGUGCUCAACUACUUGGCAAUGCUGCCUGCUAGUAGAUCACAGACGCUAAACACGUCUCAAGAAGAUGCCCAAAAUGAAAGCGAGAGGCGCACGAUGACAAAAGGGCACGAGGAAGAGCUGAGACAACUGGACGAUGACAUCGCUGCAUCUUUUUCCACGACGGGCUUUGACCAGCACACGUCGCUGGUGUUCAAUCCGGUGGUCCCAGAGACCUCUAUUGAAGACUGCCUUGCUGCGUUGGGUGACCGCGUGGACGCGGAGCUCGACACACACCUGGAAGCAGCUGUACACACACUCCUCGAAGGCCCUCUGGACUACGAGCGGUUCAGAGACGCAACACGGGAUCUCUCGCUACACACACAGGGAGGCUGGAGCAAAGUGCUGGUGCCUUUGGUUCUGCUCCAGGCUUUACAAAGCGAAGGACAGUCGCUCACCACUCUGUUGCAUCUGGGAAUGCGCUUCCUAGAGGAGGAAGAAGCCGGCUUCAUCACCCAGCAGGGAGGAUGGGGUGAAGUCUUCAGCCUCGAGCCGGAGGAGGAGGAGCGAGGUUUGACCGUUGCCGAGGACGGCAACGACAUCUACAUCCUCUCAGGGGACCAGCACCCGGACCGGCUCAGCCCCCCCUCCUCGCUGCUCUGGCCUGGAGGCGACGGCAGGCUGCAGAGCUCCUGGCAGACGGAAAGCUUCCCCGUGUCUCUGGCCGGCCACGAGUCGUGGGCACAGGUCAGCGCGACGGACCCCGAAGACACGAAGAGCCUGGACAGCAACGAGGCCGUGGCUCUGGCCGAGGAGCGCAGCGAGAACAACUCCUCGAACUCGGACAUCGUCCACGUGGAGCGCGAAGACGCCGAGCUGCUCGAGGAAGGGAGCGAAGUCGGAGCGAUAGACGAAAGCAUGGUGAGCAUCUUGGGCACGGAGAGCGAGAUGGCCGAGCUCCGGGAGGAGUUUAGGGAGCAGACUCCACCCGUUCCGGCGUCGGCCGAGGCGGACCACACGGACCCGGCCUCCCUGCUUUCAUUAGAGGACCCAGUCGUAUUAGAGGCGCCUGCAAGCGUGUCGGCGGAGCCCCCCCUCCUCGCCUUAGAACCAGAGCUGCCCCCCCCUCCCUCUGAGCCCGAACCUGCAGCCCCUGUAUCUGUCCCUGCAGUAGAACCAGAGCCUGGCCCAGAACCCGCUGCUGCAGCCGCCCCAGUGUCUGCUGAGGUGGCACCCCAAUCUCUAGUCGAGGAACCCCCAGCAGCACCAGCAGAGCCCGAGGCCGCCUCAGAACCCGCUGCCGAACCAGAACCGCAUCCUGUCGCAGUCCCUCCCCAGCCAGAGGAGCCAGAACCAGAGACGGCGGCCGAGCUGGCUGCCGUGGCCCCUGCAGAACCCCCAGCCGAGAAGCCCCCAAAGCAGCCGGAACCAGAAUCGGAUCUCCUCGUGAUGUUCUGUGGAGGUGCUGCGCUGGUGGUCCUCAUGGCUGCAAUGGCAUACGGCGUCAUGAGCCACAGGAGGAAGUAGAACAUCUUUCUCAGGGUCGGAGAAUGUAAAUUACACAAUGUUACGGUAGAAAUGAAUGUGUUAGUACACACACGGUGGGAGUCUUCUUCCAAAGUGUGUUGGACUCUCGAAAGGAGGCGGCUCGUUCUGCUAUUCUUUUGAGGGUUUUAAGUCUGUGAAAACGCCCCCUGGGUAAUCAGAAUCUCACCUCACGAUACGACUGUGACUCCAGCUGCAAACGCAGGAAGAGGACAACAAUGCACUCCCUUAUGCUCCUUGCUUUGUGUUUUCGUCUCCUCUUAAGACUUCAGCCCUUUAUGUGUUUGAUUGGAAUGUUUGUGAACUUCGUUUCUCUUCCGCUUGUUUUGGUUUCUGUGGCUCAGUUGGGACGGUGAGUCACGGGAAAUCCACCGAUAACUCCCCGAGCCGGCGUAAACCUCAGUCCACAUGUACAGUUGCGGUGAGACGUUCAGCUUCCGCUCCUUCUAUGCAGCAAAGUGGCAUCUGUUCAUGCGGUUCCCCUCAAUCUGAGAUUACCUUUUUCUUUGCGAUUAACUACUGAAAUCUGUCAUUCUGAAACAAAACAUGCAAAAUCACUUAGAUUUCAUCUUUCCAUAUUCCACAAGGGAUUUGUAUCAUUUCAGACAUAUUAGUGUAUUGAAACAAUGAUUUCCCCCCAGAUUGGUUGAAAGUAUUUAAAUGAGUCCUGAGAAUACUGUUGUGCUUCAUUUGUAGAAAAUAGCAAAACAUAUGAAUGCACUCAUCCCUGUUAAUGUAAACACAAUUCAGGAUGUAAUUCUUCUGCUAGAUGUCUGUAUUUUACUUUGUACCAUCGCUAUUAUUGCUCCACUGCUUGUCAUGUCACAACUUUCCAAUGACUGUUGCAUCGGUGAGGAAGUCCACGCCCUCCCAGAGAGCAAAUGGCCGUAUUGAAGACGAAAGACUUCAACGUGUUUGUGUUGUUUCACACGGAACAUGAGGUUAAUAAAGAUUUGGUUUUCGAAGCCGGUUUCAACUUUG